CCACAUACUGCCGUCAUGGCACAUGCUAUUGAAGUGGAUGACAAUGAGAUGACCCAAGAUGAUUACCCUGGAAGCUCCAGGAGAGACUCUUCACUUAAGGCCCGCCACCUAUUCCGCAGGCUGAACAGGCCGGGGAAUGGACACCCCAAAGGGCUUCGAGCUACUUCACCAAUGGGAAGGGUCAUCCUGAUAAACUCACCGUUAGAAGCCAACAGUGAUGAGAGUGAUUCAAUCCUUGCCAUCACAGUUGACAAAACUCCAGAUGGAAAAUUGGGGUUCAGCGUCCGAGGGGGAUCAGAGCACGGCCUUGGGAUCUUUGUCAGUAAAGUGGAAGAAGGAAGCAGUGCAGAUCUGGCAGGUCUGUGUGUCGGAGAUAAGAUCGCCGAGGUGAAUGGUGUUAGUUUAGAGAGUAUAACUAUGGGUAGUGCAGUCAAAGUACUCACUGGGAACAACCGUCUACGUAUGAUGGUGAGACGGAUGGGAAAAGUGCCAGGGAUUAAGUUCUCCAGAGAAAAGACCACAUGGGUGGAUGUGCUGCGGAAGAGGCUAAUAGUAGAGAAGGGCAGCUCGACGCCAUCAGACAGCAGCUCUGAGGAUGGAAUGAGAAGGAUUGUUCACCUCUAUACAUCAUCUGAUGAUACUUGUUGGGGAUUUAACAUCCGAGGAGGGAAGGAAUUUGGACUGGGGAUCUUUGUUUCAAAGAUUGAUCCGGGUGGAAUAGCAGAAGAAAGGGGUAUUAAAGUCGGCGAUCAGGUUCUUGGGGCCAAUGGAAUUAACUUUGAAGAUAUAAGCCAUAGCAAGGCAGUUGAAGUGCUAAAGGGGUUAACUCACAUCAUGCUCACAAUAAAGGAGAUGGGAAUGUACCCUGCGUACAAAGAGAUGAUUGCAGAGUAUUGUUGGUUUAAUCGAUUAACCAACGGCCAAUUGCAGCAGCUCUCUCAAGCUUCUGAAACCAGCUCUUCUAUUUCUUCCUAUUCCUCUGGUGUUCCUCAAGGAGCUGUUAAUGGGUAUCAUCAAGCACUUAUAUCCAGUCCUACCAUGUUUGAACCAGGAAUGGUGGAUGUUAGCAUUUCUACAGAAGUAUCACUUGACCCACACCUGUUGGGCAGGUCGGAGACUGCCAUCCAGACAAAUCUACAUUCAUCUUCAUCUGUGUUGUCUGAUUCUGAUGGAGCUCAGCAACUGGGAAAGAUGAGAAGUGAAAAGCAAAGAACUGUCCACCCACCUGUGCUUCUUAAAGAUACUGCCAUACGUUCAGAGAGCAUGCUGGAGUCCCCGCUAAAGAGGAGACAGAGAAAGGAAUUUGGAGGGGAUUUUCCCACUUCUGAAUCUCCAAAAACUGCAUUGCUGUUGGCACUUAGCAAACCUCGGAGACCCAUCAAAAGAUCUCAGAGCUACCUCUCACUUUGGGAAGCCCGAAAGAAGAAGAAAAAAGAGAAGAAAAAUUCACCCGAAAGUACUGGCAUACAGCGUUCAAAAACCUUCAUAAACCUGUUUUUUAAAGGUGGCCGUGGUAAACAAAAUGGAGAGGGCAGCAAGGAGUCCUCCACACCUGAUUCAAAGAGGAGAGCGAAAUCGCCAUCACCAGGUGAAUCAGAAAAAGGCAAAGAACGUAAUCGGCCAUUCUUCUUUGGGGCACAAAGGGAUCUGAAUGCAAUCUAUAAUGGAGACAUGUCUAUAGAGGACAGGCUGGCAGUGACUGAGGAUAUGGCCAGAAAACUGCUCAAUGAGGACGAAGUAGCAGCCAUCUUGCGUCACUGUAGAAGGUAUAUUGAGGAAGGAGGAAUUGAAGAUCUGGUAAGACCAUUGCUUGCCAUUCUGGACCGUCCCGAGAAGCUCCUCCUUUUACGAGAUGUUAGAGCGUUGAUUGCACUCACAGAUCUCGGGCGGUUUGACAGUAUGGUUAUUUCCCUGGAGAUGGAAGCAUACGAUGCCCUCAAGAACAGAUCAGUGACGUCUCCUGCACUCAGACCUGCCAGAUAUGACACACUUCCAAGGAAACAUCUGGUCACUCCCGUUCCAGAUCAUAGAGGAGCUUUCCAACUUAAACCAGUAGAUGAUGUGAAUGGCAGCAAGUUACUCCUUGGGGAAAUGGAGAGGCUACAAGUCUCAGAUCCGCAUGAUGUCAAACGAACGUAUUCUAAAAACUUUACCCCACUUGAAGAUGUGCCAGUCGAUUCCUUUGAUGCCCAAAAUACCACUGUGAAGAAGUCUUCCUCUAGGCCAGAGCGGCCAAACUGGCUCCUUACUGAACCCAUCAAGAGGUCAUCUGAUUUGCUCAAUGAUGGCUCCACAUUGGGAACCAGUGACAACAAGUCUUUGCCUACAAGGAGUAGAAGGGACCAAAAAGAUAAGAGCGAGGAUUCUCGAGUGCCUAGAACUACACGCAGUAAAUCUAAAGAAAGAAAGGUUGAGGUGUAUUCAGUCAUCAACAAGGCUAAGAAAUCCAGGCCAAUCUUGUCUCAGAUCUUCGGAGGGGUCACUCUGAAUCAAUCCAACAUUAACAUCAAGCUAAAACCUAUACGAUCAGACAGCAAUCAUGUAGAGCCAGAGCAGGUUUCACAGAAUGGCUUUAGUGAGGACAAAGAGGAGGGAUAUGAGCUGGUAACUGUGACAAUCUCCAAAAUGAAACAGUCUUUAGGCAUCAGCAUAUCUGGAGGAAUUGAAUCCAAAAUACAACCAAUGGUGAAAAUUGAAAAGAUCUUUCCCGGAGGUGCAGCCUUUUUCAGCAGUGAACUCCAGGCUGGCUAUGAACUUGUCUCUGUUGACGGGGAAACGCUGCAGAGCGUCACACACCAACGAGCAGUGAACCUCAUUCGUCAGUCCUACAGUAACAAACAAAAAGAGCCAAUGGAACUUGUUGUUAAAAUCCCAAAGAGAAGCGAGAAACGAUAACAUUGAACUUUUCAUACUGCUCUGUCACUUGCACUCAGCUUCCAUGAACAUAA